CCAUGAAAUCACUGUAUGGAGAAUGCAAAAGAGAGAGAGGCCCAAGGAGCACAAUCACACGGGUAGAGAGAGACGUGUCGGAUAUAAGACUGGUCGCGUCGCUGCGCGGCGGCUGCGAAAUACUGACCCCAGGGGAUGUUAUCAGCCGAUGCCAGUGUAAUGGGUCAUUUAAAGAUAAAGCGUCGAUUUUAAUAGGCGUCAUUGUCAUCAAUCAAACAUAUGCAGAACUCUACGUUAAUCUGAGCAAGUUUACACGAAGAGUUUCCAGAUUAAUGCUAACAUCACUUCUUUCCCUCUCCGAAUUCUACGGUGUACUUGAAGUAAAUGCAUGUAUGAACAUAUUUACCUACAUACAUAAGAGUACGUGAGUAACGCGGGCCCGAGAGACGCGUGUGCAGCGAAUACUGUGAACGGGUUAACGGUCAAUGAACUUCAUUGAUCUGGGAAAGUUCUUCUGUAGGUAACAGUAUAAGCGUUUACACGUCAUUUCUUUUAUCAAUAUUUAUUCCUUAGUUGAAUAUAGCUUUA